GAGGAGUAGCUAUGGAAACGGCGCGAGCGGCGAUUUACACCCGUUAGCAGCGCUGAGUACCCGAGUUUGCAGAGAGGGAGUACUGACUGCCACAAGACCAGCCCCGCAUAUGUCAACAUCAGUGGCGUUUCUGUCAUUUUCAUAACAAAAAUCCGUGAAUUUAUAUAUAAUUUGAAAGUGACACAAGAAGAAACCAGUUUGACUAGAGAAUAUCCCAUCAUUAUCGAUUCUCCCCGCAGCCAAAAUUUACAUUUUAAUUUAAAAAAAGAAAUCUCCACUCAACCAAUCCCGGUUCUUUUUUGAAAGGAUUGCUGUGCCUUAGGCCAACGCUGGUGCGAGAUUUACAACAGAAACACUGGGGAAUGGCUGUUAAUGUGUAUUCAACGUCCGUAACUAGUGAGAACAUGAGUAGACAUGACAUCAUGGCCUGGAUUAAUGACACAGUAUGUUUAAAUUACACAAAAAUUGAACAGCUUUGCUCAGGUGCAGCAUAUUGCCAGUUUAUGGAUAUGUUAUUCUCAGGCUGUAUUAGUUUGAAGAAAGUAAAAUUCCAGGCUAAAUUGGAACAUGAAUACAUACACAACUUCAAACUGCUACAGGCAUCAUUUAAGAGAAUGAAUGUCGAUAAAGUUAUUCCAGUAGAGCGUUUGGUUAAAGGUCGCUUUCAGGAUAACUUAGAAUUCAUUCAGUGGUUCAAAAAAUUUUUUGAUGCAAAUUACGAUGGUAAAGAAUAUGAUCCUGUGCUUGCUCGGCAAGGUCAAGAUGCUAUUCCACCACCUAAUCCUGGAGAACAGAUUUUUAAUUUGCCAAAGAAGGCAGUAAGUUCUCCAAGUGCAGGUGCUGCUGCUUCAAAAAGCACUCCAUCUCCUAAAUCAGCGUCAACACCAUCUAGGCCAACUUCAGCUCAAGCUAGAAAGGCACCAGGAGCAAAAAGUGGUGGUGAUGCAGAAUCACAUAUUGCACAAUUGAAUGAGCAGGUGAGUUCAUUAAAACUCGCACUGGAAGGAGUUGAGAAGGAAAGGGACUUCUACUUUGGAAAACUGAGAGAAAUUGAAUUGAUUUGCCAAGAACAUGGGCAGGAGAAUAUUGACCUUGUUCAGCGACUUAUGGAUGUGCUAUAUGCAACAGAUGAAGGAUUUGCAGUGCCAGAUGAAGUUCAGGUUCAGGGUGAAGAACUGACUCAGGAGCCAGAAGAGUAUUAGCUGGCAACAUGAGCAUUCACUUCAGAAUGAAGAGUACACAGGACUUCAUGAAAUGAAUUGCUUCAGAUUGAACAUUAGCCUUUUAUCUUCCAUACUCUGCAACAGCAAAGUACUGUAUUCCAUACCCAUUAUCUUACCACCAUGCAUUUAUAACAAUUAUGUUUCUUUACUGAAAACGUGGUAAUUUUUGGGACUAAAUUAACUAUUUGCAUUAUGGCUUAUGAGAAGUAUAGUUUGACAAAACAAUUGAUUUCAAAAGUUCCAUAUCCAUCAACAAAGGUUUAUCAAGUAUGUUUGAUGAGCAAAGAUGCAGUAUUAGAAAUUUAUACUCACCAUGUUUAUUUUCCUUUAAACCUGCUACGUGGAGAGUAACCCAUCAGUUGUAUUCUGCACAUUAUACAGGCGAUGAGUGUGAACUUAUUUGUAUAUGAAAACACAGUUUGAGGAACGGAUUCUAAAUUACGUGUAAAGAAAGUCUUAUUAAGCUGUAAUUCACUUGUUUUGAAAAUUAUCCACAAUUUGUCGCAUGAUGGGAUAGAUUUGUUUCCAAAGCGUAAAUAAUUGCUAUUACUUUUAUCUUUCUACUUAUUUAAUAAUAAAUUUGUUGUGUGUUUA